GCGAUAGACACCUCCUUGUCGUUGCGUCUGACUGCCAUACGGGAGUCCUUUGAGGAGUUGGGCAUCUUAUUGUGUCGGGAUGCCAAGACCUUGACCUCGACCAGCGGCUACGGGCAGUUCUAUGAGCAGUUCGAUCGCGCCCACUGGUAGCAUGUGGUGCACAAUGAUGCCAGUCAGUUCCUGGAGCUCUGCAAGCAGCUGGAUGUGGUGCCCGACAUCUGGUCACUCCACGAUUGGUCUGGCCUUCUUCCUGACCACCCUCGAACAGUCGCCCAGCCUGCACAUUGAGCCCAAUGAGGUCAAGGACUGUGCGUGGCGCUCACCCUUGGAUUAUCUUCAGGCUUGUCUGCGAAAAGAGCUCUGGCUCCCUCCCCCUCAGUUCUAUGAACUUUCGCGCUUCCUCAACUUUCGCUCCCUGGAGGAGCUGCGUCAGUUUGCCAUGCAACGUGCAGCCAAUGGCAUUGUGCUCACCCAUCCUGUCAUGUACAAAUGCAAUGAUGGUGUUGUGCAUCUACUUCCCGGCGACGAUGCCUAUCCGGCGAAUCCAGAUGCCAGUAGCGACCAAAUAGAGACUGGCCUCUGUGUGGAGGACUUUCGUGCACAAGUGAAAUCCAACCUGCAUCGUUCGGAGCACAGGAGCCAGCAUCAAGCGAAACUAAUCAUUAACUUUGCUCCGACUGAUGGACAGGUGAACCCCUUGGACCCGGCUAAGAUGUAGAACAGAACGAACAGAAUCUUUGAUCGAAAGUGCAUUUAUUUAGGUUUAGUUUGAGUGAGAUGUUCGGAUGGUUAGCUUAAGCAAGAGAGUUGCCAUUGUGCUCAGGACCUGCUCUUCGUGUGUUCAUUCUCCCUGCCGUACCAGAGCUUGUAGAGGUAUUCGGCCUCUUCUUCUGUGGCAUAGCUGGUCUCGUACUCCGUCGGCUUCUGCUUUGGCUGCGAUCUGAAG